AUGUCCACUACCAAGACGGCAGCGAUGGAUUCUGUCACUGCAUCGCCGCCAGCCAGGCGCAGCUUCGGGGCGCGUGUAGGUGGCCAUUUCAAGAAAUGGUGGUGGGUGCACUUGAUCGUGUUCAUUGCCGUGGUGCUCAUCAUCACACUGCCGAUCGUCUACGUCGCCUAUCCUAAGAUCGCCCAGGACGAUGUCAACGACUCCACUCUCAAUGUCACCAGCAUGGUCAUUGCCAACCCGACGCCUGACUCCUUCGAACUUCUCCAAACCCAAGUCAUUGGGUCGCACAGCUCCUACCACCCCAAAAUCUACUCUUUCCUGGCCUCGGUCUCCCUCCUUGGCGCGGCGAAUCCGUUUACCUCCGUGCAGGUGCCGACUGUCAAGUCCAAGGAUGGCGCGACGGUCAAUGUGAACCAGACAGUCGACCUGAGCGAUGCAGGUGCUUUCGGGGACUUUGCGGAGGCCGUCAUGCUAAACGAGGAGGUUCAACUGAAUAUCUAUGGCAGGCCAGAGUUGAAGGAGGGCUCGUUGCCGACGACCACGGUCACAUAUAACAAGACUGUUACUAUGAAGGGCCUCAAUAAGCUGAAGGGCUUCGACGUGACCGAGUUCCACAUCAUGACCUCGCCGGUGAACGGCCGCAACAUGAAUGGCACCGUGUAUAUUCCCAACCCCUCCGUGAUGGACAUUAGCAUGGGCAACGUCACCCUCGAUCUCUCCGUCGCCGGCCAGCCAAUGGGAUACUCCUACCUCGACAAUCUCGAGCUCGUCCCAGGCAACAAUACCGUCCCCAUGACCUCCACUGUCAACCAAACCGCCAUCAUCGCCCUGCUAACGGCCACGGACAACCCGUACACGGACGGCGUGAUACCAUUCACCAUUACCGGUAACUCGAGCGUGUGGGAUGGCAAGGAGCUGCCGUACUUCACGCAAGCGCUGGCUGCGAAUAAUCUGACUGUGUAUUUGAACGUUACCAAGGCUCUGGCGGAGAUUGGGCUUAAGUUGUGA